AUGUACCGAUCAGUAUUAGUAGCACCCGAAGAUAGACAUUUACAGAAAAUUGUAUGGCGAUACAGUGAUAACAAACCAAUUGAUACUUAUCAGUUGAGAACUUUGACAUACGGAGCUGCACCUGCUUCAUUUUUAGCAAUCAGUGCAAAUAUAAACUCAACAGCUGGAUAUACCUAUAUCGCAAAGCCUCUGAGUGACUUACUCCGCAAAGGCGAAGAAUUUAAGCUUGAAUCACCACAAAGAGAAGAAUUCAAAACCUUAAAGGCGAAACUUAUUUGUGAACCGGUGUUGCAUAUUUAUCAACAAGGAGCUUAUACCGAACCACACACCUAUGCAAGUAUACAUGGUUAUGGAGCAUGCCUUUCGCAACGAUCUAGUGACAAUUCGAAGCUUCACCCGGUAUACUACAUGAGUAGAAAGACGACUCCUGCAGAGAAGAAGUAUACAAGCAAUGAGCUCGAAGAACUUGCCAUUAAUAAAAGUGUGAAGAAAUUCAGAACUAUACUUGCUAGGAACGAAAUUACAAUACUUUCAGACUGUAAUGCAAUCACAAAAACCAUUGAGAAAAGAGACCUUACAACACGAGUUGCACGAUGGGCCCUGAUCCCGUAA